CCGCGCGCGGGGAGCAUGCUGAGCCCCGGGCCGCGGCCUCCUGGGCGCACCUGGGAGCCGGGGCCUGUGGAAAUCCAAUCAAGUGGUACUGGAGUGGAGGGCGCCCACCUGUGCAGAAGGAAAAAAGUAGCAUCUGUUGGAAAAGCUUCCAUCUCCUGGAGCAGCUACAGACCCAACCCCAGGCCCCAGGCUGUACUUUCAUGCUCCAGCAGACAACACCCCCGUCCAGCUUAAGCAAGUUUUAAACACUUGAAACCUCAACAGCUUCAGAGUGAUUCUGAGGAAUACAGAUUGCAGGUUGCUAUGUUAAUGCUGCUUGUCUUUGGAGUACUUCAUGAAGUCCUACUGAGUGGCCAGGAUGAGGCUCAUUUGCAGAGUGACAGCCUUCCAGGCCUGCCCCUGUACGACUACACCAGUGUCCGCCUGCCCGAGGAGCACAUUCCCUUCUUCUUGCACAACAACAGGCAUAUUGCCACUGUCUGCAAGGAGGACGCACACUGUCCAUAUAAGAAACACUUAACAAAUCUAAAGUCCUGCUGGGGUUAUGAGAAAUCCUGCAAACCAGAGUUCAGAUUUGGUUACCCUGUCUGCAGCUACGUGGACCUGGGAUGGACGGACACCCUGGAAUCGGCAGCUGACAUAUUCUGGAAACAAGCUGACUUUGGCUACGCCAGGGAGCGACUGGAUGGAAUGCAUGCACUCUGCCAGCCACAGGAAAUGAGCGAUUCAAGUCUGGUAUGUUCCCGUUACCUUCAGUACUGCAGAGCAACUAACCUUUACCUUGACUUAAGGAGCAUCAAGAGAAAUCAUGACAGAUUCAAAGAAGAUUUCUUCAAGAGUGGUGAAAUUGGAGGACGCUGUAAACUUGAUGUUCGUGCAUUGAUGUCUGAAGGUCAGCACAAAAGUCCCCUGCAAUCUUGGUUUGCUGAGCUACAAAGCUACACUCAGCUCAAUUUCAGACCUAUAGAAGAUGCUCAAUGUGAUGUUAUUAUUGAAAAACCGACUUAUUUCAUGAAAUUGGAUGCAGGUGUGAACAUGUAUCAUCACUUCUGUGAUUUUCUCAAUCUUUAUGUCACUCAGCACAUGAACAACUCCUUCAGCACAGACGUGUAUGUGGUGAUGUGGGACACGAGUUCUUAUGGAUACGGUGACCUCUUCUCUGACACCUGGAAAGCAUUUACGGAUUAUGAUGUCAUACAUCUGAAAACCUACGAUAGCAAAAGGGUGUGUUUCAAAGAAGCUGUUUUUUCCUUACUGCCCCGCAUGAGGUACGGGCUCUUCUACAACACCCCUCUGAUAUCUGGCUGUCAACACACUGGCUUAUUCAGGGCCUUCUCCCAGCACGUGCUGUAUAGACUGGGCAUCAUCCAAGAGGGACCUCAGGAUGGAAAAAUUCGAGUCACCAUUCUUGCUCGGAGCACAGAAUACAGGAAAAUACUAAAUCAAAAUGAGCUUGUGAAUGCGCUGAAGACAGUAUCGACGUUCGAAGUCCAGAUUGUCGAUUACAAGUACAGAGAGCUCGGGUUUUUGGAUCAGCUGAGGAUCACACACAACACGGACAUAUUUAUCGGAAUGCACGGAGCUGGUCUCACCCAUUUACUCUUCCUUCCAGACUGGGCCGCUGUGUUUGAACUAUACAACUGUGAAGAUGAUCGCUGCUACUUAGACCUGGCCAGGCUGCGAGGCGUCCACUACAUCACAUGGCGAAGGCAGAACAAAGUAUUUCCUCAGGAUAAGGGUCACCAUCCAACCCUUGGGGAGCACCCGAAAUUCACCAACUACUCCUUCGAUGUAGAGGAAUUCAUGUUCCUGGUCCUUCAGGCUGCAGAUCAUGUGCGACAACACCCAAAAUGGCCAUUUAAAAAGACCCGGGAUGAGCUGUGAUGUGGGCAGUCUGUCUACAGGGAGGGAGGACCAUCUAAAUACCCAUCCUCGCAGCUCAGAGGCGACUGUGUGGUAUUUGCUAGUCCAAAGUGAAAAAUGACCUUUCUCUUUUUCUUCUUUCCUUUAUUCUGUCUUUUCUUGUUUUUCUUCCUUCCCU